AUCAACUGGGGCUGUUGGUGACUGCCGAGCGGCGUGGUGAGAGCGAGGAGCGGUUUGGGGGCUCUCGUCCAUCCCGACAACGAAGACAGAGAACUCUACCUGAAUAUCGACAAAUAUCCGCCACGAUGCCCUGUCGGAAGGAGAACUACAUCUUUCUGGAGCAGUCCGUCACCGUCGACUCCAAAGAAGUGGACGCGCUGGUGACGAAAAUCGGCGAAGCGCUGCAGCUCCACAACAAUAGCAGCGGCCACCAGAAGACGGUGUCCGUGUCUAUGUCCUGCCUACAUGGGCUCACCGGCAGCAGCACCGGCGGUGUCAAACCGGCGGCUAUCAUCAGCGGUAGCACGGGAGCUACAGUUCAGACGCGAAACGGUUGCUGUAUGCGGCUGCGAAACCGGGGACACCGGGGGAGCAGCAGGGCGAGUCCAUAUAAUAUCCCCGGAUCCAACGGCGAUCAGGACUGGGAUCAAAUCAAACAGUGGAACAAAAAGAGGAUCGGCGUAGAGGAGGACGAUCCACACCGGCUGCUCCAGGAGUUAAUCUUAUCGGGGAACCUCAUUAAAGAAGCCGUGAGGAGGCUGCAGUUCUCCGCCGCAGACUGUGGAGAUUUCCCCAAAGCGGUGGACAAUGUGCCGUGCUGAUGUAACCAGGCACGGGUUUGCACCGCGACGUUUCCCCUGUGGAUGGACACAAAACUGAGACAACACACACACGGACGGUUACGAAACAGACUUAAAAGCUGUGUCUCACAAUGUUAUCCGUUUUCAUUGGUUUGUCUGUAGCGUUACGCCACGUUGGCUAGCAGUAAGCUAGCUCGCUGGCCAUCCGGCUACUGAGCCGUGUUUAUGUUUGAAUGUGUCCGUGUGGGUCAGACGUCCGGGUGCUGCGGAGGUCAGAGCCUCUACAGACUCACUUUACCCGCCUUGUCGUUACUUAGAAAGGCAUGUUUUCACAUUUUCAAUAAUGUAAACCUUCAAAGAUGUGAAAAGAAAUCACACCGAAUAUGUUUGUGUGUGUGAAGACGAAGUUCUGAACAAUGGCUCUUCUUUUGUAGCUGAUGGUUGAGUCAUUCAGCUUUUGUUUAACACUGCAGCCCGGAAUUUGUUCACGUGUUUUGGGGGGUUGGGGAGGUCUACUCGUGGCUGAAGUGCAACCUAGCCGUUCCCUGUUCUGGCAGAUCACUAUAAUGGGGGGGAUGGGUUGAUAGUUGUUUUUGUUUACAGUCUACUGUUGGGUGUAAAGAGACGGGAAGUGCCCCCUCCACCUUUCUCUCACUUCGGUUUAGGUCGUCCUUCAACUGCCCUCGGUUAUGCUGGUUUAUACACAAAUGGUGACCCUUUUGGCCUUAAGUGCCACAGGUUGUGUUCCCUGGACAACACACUGCACCUCUGUCCACGGCAGCUCCACAUUUCUUUUCUAAAUACUUUUCAGAGACUAACAUGGACACAUCAAAUAUGGGGGGAAGAAGCCGGGGCCUGGAAAACGGAGGAAACACGCCCUGCUCCCACAGGCUUUGGCUGAUGUGUGUCUGUUUGUAAAGCUGGAGGGGAGGUUGCCCAUCAUAGGACGCUUUUGUGGUGCUUUCACCUUUUUGGAAUUCCAACAAGGAGUUUUUGUUUCUGAUUUGUGUAAAGGAAAAUCACUGCUUCGUAACGAAGUAACUGAGAAUGUUCCUGAGUAUUCAGGGCCUUUUUUUGUCAUCUUAAUAAACACAUUUUUGUUUUUCCAAACUGC